AUGAUACAACUACAACUCAUACUCGCUCUUUGGCUCAUUUUUAAUCCAUAUCACGUUCAUGCGGCGCCCGCGUGGUUGGAGUCGCGGGCGUUGCACAAUGUUACGAGUCAGAACAAGGCUGGACUCGGGUGGAAUAACCCACAGACGACGAAUAUGUCGCAGUUCUUCCGUACCGGAAAGAUUGGAUGGUACUAUACGUGGUCUUCAUGGUCCAAUGACCAAGGCAGGAAUCUCGACUUUGUACCGCUCCUUUGGGGAAAGGACAAGUUGAACGACUGGACAACAGCUGUCAAUGGACGGCUGAAGCCUAUGUUCAUGAGCAAGGAUAUCACCCACGUCCUUGGGUUCAACGAACCACAGGAAAAGGGCCAGUCGAAUAUGACACCACAAGAGGCAAAGGACCUAUGGAUGACCCAUUUGCAUCCGCUAAAGACGGAGUAUGGUGUCCGUCUGGGUUCUCCAGCAACGAGCAGUGCUCCAUCUGGCAAGAACUGGACCCAAGAGUUCUUGACGGUGUGCGGUACAGAUUGCGAGGUGGACUUUAUCGCCUUGCACUAUUACGGCACUAACGCCACGGACAUGAUCGCGUAUAUUACCGACUUUUGGACCACGUUCCAGAAACCGAUUUGGGUGACCGAAUGGGCCUGUCAAGAUUUUACUCCCAAGAACAAGCAGUGCACCCAGGAUGAGGUCUGGGCGUACAUGAAUAAGACCCAGACGUUUAUGGAUAGCGCACCUUGGCUGGAACGGUACGCAUGGUUCGGUGCACUCGUGGAUAAUCCCAUCACAUCCACAAAUGAUCUCUUGACGGAUCGUGGACGCAUCACGACGCUGGGACAGCAGUAUAUCAUGAUGAACCCGAACGACAUUGUUCAAGGUAAUUCGUCCACGUCCAUGUCCACCACAUCCUCUUCUGCUUCGUCUUCGUCUUCCAGCGGUCUGUAUUACCCAACAGCGACGUCGGGGAAUGAGACGCUGUCGUACUUUUCGAGCGAAGCCACCGCUCUCGCUGCUGAAUCAAAUGGUCAAUCGCCAUCUUGGCUAGGCAGCCCUGCCGAGAGACUUCGGUCGUUGAUGGAGAGAAUAGUGCUUUGCAUUACGCUUGCAACAGUGCUCUUGCUCUUCUAA